GCUGUCCUGCCUCCGUGGACUCCUCCGUGGUUCCUGGUCCAGCUCCCUCAGCCCUUCGCCUCCUCACCUCGGUCAGGGGAUCCGCGGGGGCCGCGUCUCCCGACGUAUCUCAGGAGACGCCCUUUCCCUGUGCGCCCAGGACUUGGUGAAACUUCUGAGGCGCCCGCGGUGAAAUGGAUUUAACCCGAGGCGUCUUGCUCCGGCUCUUGCUCCUGGCUUCCAGCCUCGGACCCGGCGCUGUGCCGCUCAGAGCAGCUCACAGAAAACCAGGCAAGGUGGGGCCGCCUCUUGAUAUCAUGCUAGAGGCACUGAACUGUACAGCUUUCAGCAUCCAGUGGAAGAUGCCAAGGCAUCCUGGGAGCCCCAUCAUGGGGUAUACUGUCUUUUACUCUGAGGUCGGCGUAGAUAAAUCCCUGCAGGAGCGGUCCCACGGUGUGCCACUCGGCCUGGAUACCCUGACCACGGGACGAUGGGAUCAUCAGGUGAUUUUUGAGGAAGUGAUCGGAGAUUUGAAACCAGGCACUGAAUACCGAGUAAGCAUGGCAGCUUACAGCCAGACUGGCAAAGGGCGGCUUAGCUCUCCUCGGCACAUUACCACUUUGCUCCAAGAUUCCUGCCUGCUUCCAGGAGCACCUCAGCAGCUGCACGUCACUGUGGUUUCUGAUUCCGAGGUGGCCCUAUCUUGGAAACCUGGAGAGAGUGAAGGAAGCUCCCCUAUUCAGUACUAUUCUGUGGAGUUCAUCAGGCCAGAUUUUGACAAGAGUUGGACCUUAAUCCAAGAGCAGCUCCAGAUGGAUUCCAUGGUCAUCAAGGGCCUCGAUCCGGACACCAGCUACCAGUUUGCCGUGAGGGCCGUGAACCCCCACGGUCUCAGCUCCCGUAGUCAGCCCAGUGACACCAUCCGAACCGCCCGCCCCGAGGAAUCAGGAAGUGGGCGCUAUGGACCCCAUUAUAUAACCGACACAGAAGUCAGCGAGGAUGACACAUAUGAAGAUGACUUAGAUUUGGAUAUUUCCUUUGAGGAGGUUAAACCGCUUCCUGCUAUCAAAGAAGGGAAUAAGAAAUUUUGGGUGGAAUCCAAGAUGGCGCCCAGAUCGAACCCGAUGACCGUUUCUAGGCUUGUCCCCGCUACCCCAGCAUCUCUCCCCAUGACUGAGGUGGCUCCUCAGCCCACUCCAGUGGAGAGGAAAGGGAAGAAUGGUGCGGCUAUGAUGCCAAGGCUUUUUGACGUGUCUUGUGAUGAAAUUCUCUGCUCUGCUGACAGCUUUUGUGUCAAUGACUACACCUGGGGGGGCUCUCGAUGCCACUGCAACCUGGGCAAAGGUGGUGAGAGCUGCUCAGAAGAUAUUGUUAUACAGUAUCCUCAGUUCUUUGGCCACUCCUAUGUAACCUUUGAACCUUUGAAGAACUCUUAUCAGGCAUUUCAAAUUACUCUUGAAUUUAGGGCAGAGGCGGAGGAUGGCUUACUGCUCUACUGCGGGGAGAAUGAGCACGGGAGGGGGGAUUUCAUGUCCCUGGCUGUCGUCCAGCGCUCACUCCAGUUCAGGUUUAACUGUGGAACUGGGCUUGCCAUCAUCGUAAGUGAAACCAAAAUCAAGCUAGGGGGCUGGCACACGGUUACGCUCUACAGAGAUGGGCUGAACGGGCUGCUGCAGCUGAACAACGGCACCCCGGUGACAGGCCAGUCCCAGGGCCAGUACAGUAAAAUUACCUUCCAGACGCCUCUCUAUCUUGGUGGGGCUCCCCGUGCCUACUGGUUGGUGAGAGCAACAGGGACAAACCGAGGCUUUCAAGGCUGUGUACAGUCACUCACUGUUAAUGGGAAGAGAAUGGACUUGAGGCCCUGGCCGCUGGGGAAGGCACUCAGCGGGGCCGAUGUGGGGGAAUGCAGCAGUGGACUCUGUGAUGAAGCCUCCUGCAUCAAUGGUGGCACCUGUACAGCGAGCAAAGCUGACUCCUACAUCUGCCUCUGUCCCCUGGGAUUUAGAGGUCGCCACUGUGAAGAUGCUUUCACCUUGACCAUUCCUCAGUUCAGAGAGUCUCUGAGGUCCUACGCUGCAACACCCUGGCCACUGGAGCCCAGGCACUACCUUUCCUUCAUGGCGUUUGAGAUCACGUUUUGGCCUGACUCGGAUGAUGGUGUCCUCCUGUACAGCUAUGACACGGGCAGCAAAGACUUCCUGUCUAUCAACAUGGCAGGGGGCCACGUGGAGUUCCGCUUUGACUGCGGCUCUGGGAUUGGUGUUCUCAGGAGUGAAGAGCCCCUCACCCUGGGUCACUGGCACGAGCUGCACGUGUCCCGCACAGCGAAGAAUGGUAUCUUACAGGUGGAUAAGCAGAAAAUAGUGCAGGGAAUGGCGGAGGGAGGCUUCACCCAGAUUAAGUGCAACUCGGACAUUUUCAUUGGCGGGGUCCCCAAUUAUGAUGACGUGAAGAAGAACUCAGGCAUCCUCAAGCCAUUCAGUGGGAGCAUCCAGAAGAUCAUCCUGAAUGACCGGACCAUCCACGUGAAGCAUGACUUCACGUGGGGCGUGAACGUGGAGAAUGCAGCUCACCCCUGCGUGGGAGCCCCCUGUGCCCACGGGGGCAGCUGCCGACCCAGGAAGGAGGGCUAUGAGUGUGACUGCCCCUUGGGCUUUGAGGGGCUGCACUGUCAGAAAGAGUGUGGGAACUACUGCCUCAAUACCAUCACAGAAGCCAUUGAGAUCCCUCAGUUUAUCGGCCGCAGUUACCUGACAUAUGACCAUCCGGAUAUCCUCAAGAGGGUGUCAGGAUCCAGAUCAAAUGCAUUCAUGAGGUUUAAGACAACUGCCAAAGACGGCCUGUUGAUGUGGAGGGGAGACAGCCCCAUGAGACCCAACAGUGACUUCAUUUCCUUGGGCCUUCGGGAUGGAGCCCUGGUGUUCAGCUAUAACCUGGGCAGUGGUGUAGCAUCCAUCAUGGUGAACGGUUCAUUCAAUGACGGUCGGUGGCACCGAGUCAAGGCUGUUCGGGAUGGCCAAUCAGGAAAGAUAACUGUGGAUGACUAUGGGGCCAGAACAGGCAAGUCACCUGGCAUGAUGAGGCAGCUCAACAUCAAUGGAGCUCUGUAUGUGGGUGGAAUGGAAGAAAUUGCUCUGCACGCUAACAGGCUGUACACGCGGGGCCUCGUGGGCUGCAUUUCUCAUUUCACCCUGUCCACCGAUUACCACAUUUCCCUCGUGGAAGACGCCGUGGAUGGGAAAAACAUCAACACUUGUGGAGCCCAGUAACACCAGUUGGCUCUGCCCAAGGGACAGAACCUUCUAUCCUGAGAAACCCGGGGGCUCCAAGACCUUGCCUGACACCACACACAGAGGCACGGGGACCAGGUGUGUUUCCUUUCAUCAAGGAGCAAGUACACCCUGAUGGGAAACUAGGACCAAGACAGGAGUCCCUGGGUGGCCUUUCCUGCUGACAUUCUGUGGGCCAAACCCAACGGAAUGCUCUGUGUAGGAAGCAUCGGACUUCGUCCGUUGAAUGUGUAGUGGCCGCCAGAGAUCACACAUCACAGCGAAUUUCCGAGGCUGUCUGCUGUAGCUCAAUGACUGUGUUGUGAUUCAUAGUUUGUAAGAAAAAAAAAAAAGAAAGAAAGGAAAAAAAAAGAGAGAGAGACCCAAAGGGCAGUAUUAAAAUACUUCUCUCCUCCCCUGACUCUUGACACUCUUACUGAUAGCAGAAUGACCGUAAGACCUUGAACCUCAAAUUUCUCUACUUUGGCCCACAAAUUACUAGGAUUAACCCCUUCCCCUCCUCACUGGCUGGUUCAAUGUGCUCUGACUAUGAAAAUAAGGAUUAAGGGAGA